AUUGUUAAACAUUUGUUGAAAUAUAUGAUGUAGCUGAUGUAGGUUGAAAUAAUAUUCAGUAGUCCAUGUCGAGCUGUUGGUAGUUGGACAUGUUGAAAAUUUCGAAAAAUAAAUUGUUCGAUUUGUACAAGUGUAAUAUAAAUUAGUAAAUUAAUUAAUUAAAAAUAUUAACAAAAUUAUUUUAACAUUAUUAUAAUGAUUAUUCAAUUUGUAAUUAUUGAAAAAAAAUAUAGCUCAAAGUCUUUUUUGAUUGGUCAAGGAUACACGUUUAAAAAAUACUUAUCGUGUUUUGCGGUCAACAACAAGUCACGCAAUAAGACAGAUUUUUCCCUAUGAUAAUUUUAAAAAAAUAAAAAAUCUAUAUAUUUUUUUAUUCAACUGUCAAAAUGAUGUAUAUUUUUCAUUUACAUAACAAUCGAAAAUGUAUAUUUAAUUAUUAAAAUACAUAAAAUAUUUUUUUCGUCAAGUGAAAAUUAUUAUUAAUUAAAUAAAAAAAAUGCCAACUGGAGUAUCAAAUUUGGCACAAUUUAAUAAUGCCGGUGAAAAAUAUAAACCAGCAUUUAAAAUAAUAAAUCGUGAUAAUUUACAAACAACUCUUCCAAUAAUUCACUUUAACCAAAUGAAUAGUGAUGAUAUCAACAAUGAUAUCAACAAUGAAAUUAAUAACAAUAUAACAAAAAUAAAUAAUAAAAAAAAUUUAAAUAAAAAAAAAUGUAUAAGUCGAUCAAACGAUCAUCUUGUAUUAGCAAGUCUUCAAAAUAACCAAAAAACCCCAAUUCAAAAUAAUGGUAAAAAAAAAAUUAAAUCAAAAAGUCAUGAUAAUUUAAUAAACAUUGAUGCUGAUAAUAAAAAAAAAUUAGGUAAAAAAUUAAUGAACAUUUCAACUGAAAAUUUUAAUGAUGUUUUAAAUGCAAAAUUACGUAAAAUACAAGAACAAGAAGAAAAUGAAAUGGCUAAAAAAAUUAAUAAAAAAAUAAUAAAUAAUAAUAAUACAAAUAAUAAUAAUAAUAUUAAUAUGAAAAAGCCAUUUAUAACAACUGUGAAAAGUGGUGAAUUUUUAAUGCCACCACCAGAAGUUGCAGCGUUAUUAGGAAUGACACCGACUGGUGCAUGGAUUGGAAAUACAUAUUUAAAUAAUAUUGAUAAUUCAUCAGGUAUUAAUACAAAUAAUAAUAAUAAUAGUAGUUUACAUAUUAAUAAUGAUAUAAUUGUUCCAAAAUUAAAACAUCGUUCAUUAAUAACAAUUGGUAAACGUCCUGAAAUACGACAUAGUAGUCACAAUGCAAGAUGUCCAGCAGCAUUAAAAGCAACAAUUGAUUUUAGUAUUAAUCAUCAAAAUAAUAAUAAUAAUAAUUAUGUUAAUUCAAUUACUGCUAAAAGUUUGGCACAAGAGGAACGUCUUAAACAUUUAUCUGACAACAAAUUCGACAAGAACGAAACUGAUCAUCAUUCACUUCCAUUUGGUAAUAUUAUGUAUGACAAACGAGUCAUUCGUGGCAGUACAUAUGCAUCCAGUCAAUUAUUAAAUGAUGGUGAACAAUCACAAGCGGCAAAAUACGCUGAAAUGAGAAGAAAAGGAUUGUUGAAAAAAAAAAAUCAGCUACAAACAACAAGAUCAAUGAUGCUGCGAAUAAAAUCUCCACCACCAGUUGCGGGACGUAAACAUGAACCGGUUCAAACUGAGCUCUAUUUAGAGGAGUUGUUUGAUAAACCAAGUGAAUCAGAAGUUGGUACACAAACAGAUUAUUUUUUGGAUAGACCAUCAACACCACCAUAUUGUCCUGGUAAAAUUGGCACAGAUGUAGAAACCCAAAUUGAUCCUGGUGAUCUCUUUGAUUACGAUACUGAGGUUCAACCGAUCCUUGAGGUACUCGUUGGAAAGACGAUUGAACAGGCACUCAUCGAAGUUCUUGAAGAAGAGGAACUUGCUGCUCUGCGUGAACAGCAAAGAAGAUUCCUCGAAUUGCGCGCUGCUGAGAAAGUUGAACAUCAAAGACUCGAACAGCAAGAUAGACGAAUUAGAGAAGAAAAAAAUCAACGAUUAAAACAACAUGAAGAAGCUGUUAAAAUUCAACAAGAAACAGAAGAACGUGUUGCUGCUGCUGUAUUAUUAACUGGUUACAUCGCUGAAUUAUUACCAACGGCAAUUGAAAAUUUAAAAUUAUCUGGUUAUUUAAUUGACGAUAUUAAACCAGAUAUUCAAGAUAAUUUUAUGCCAUGGUUAACAAAUGAGGUGAAAAAAGAAAUUGGAAAUACCAUUGAAAGCAGAGAAAUACUGAUGGAUAUUGUCACUGAAGUUCUUGAAAAUCGUGCCAAGACCUACCAUAAAAUUGGCAUUGAAAAUGAGUCAAAUUACGUCAGUAGUGAAAAUAUUGCAACACAAGAAUUCGAAGAAGAAAGUGGUGGUAUACGUGACCGAGAUUUUCAUGAUUAUAAAACACCAAAUUUAUUAAAUAAUUAACAAAAUAAAAAACAAACUAAAUGAAUUUAAAUAUUGGAAAAAAAUUGAUAAAUAAAUAAAUAAAUGAUUUGAUGAAAAAUAAAAAA